AUGUCGAGACAAUUUGAAGAGAAACUAGGUUUUUCCUACUUCAUAACAACACCCUGCGAAGCUUGGGACGCUCUUGAGUAUCAUGAGGAAUCGCGUGUUUAUAAAUACCCAAUGAACAAGGGGAAGCUUACAACGGCACUUUAUAAACAGCUUGACUGGUUCAAAAAUGAGGGCUCAGAAAAAGAAAAGAAAUCUGCAGAAAGGAUGUUGAAUCAAUUUAAGCAAACCACUAGACUACGGUUCUUAAGUGGCGAUGGACUACGGUUCCGCCGAAAUCCUUUCAUGAACUUACAGGAGUGUAUUGAUGGAUGUAUUCACGAUUUUUGGAUUAAAGCGAUGGCUGAGAGACAAGCGAGCUUAAAAGAGUUAAAG